UAUAGAAGGAUGCUUGCUGUACUAGCACUUCAGUUCCGAACGGUGAAUCGCUAAAUCUCCUGGUCCCGUUGGAUACCGUUGGUGAAAAAUCCUCGUGUAUUUAUUCAAUUCAGUAAACGCCUCGAGAUAUUCUAUAAUCAUGUUGAAAUAUAUUAUACUCUUCACUACUGUGUUCUACAUGGUACAGUCACAACGACCAUGGCAUGCUGGUACCGGUAAUCGUCUGCCCCAGGUUCUACCUCAAUAUAUUGACGAGCGAAUAGCGGCGGAGCAAGCAGUUCAAGUAGCUCAAGCAGCUCAAGGAGGCCAAACAAUCCCAGUGGGUCAAGGGACUCAGGGAAUUCCAGUGGGCCAAGGGGCUCAGGGAAUACCAGCGGGCCAAGGAGCUCAGGGAAUUCCAGCGGGUCAAGGGACUCAGGGAAUUCCAGUGGGUCAAGGGACUCAGGGAAUUCCAGUAGGCCAAGGGACUCAGGGAAUUCCAGUAGGCCAAGGGACUCAGGGAAUCCCAUUGGGCCAAGGAACUCAGGGAAUCCCAUUGGGCCAAGGGGCUCAGGGAAUCUCAAUAGGUCAAGGAGCUCAAGGAAUUCCAGCAGGCCCAGGAGUUCAAGAAAUUCCAGUGCGUCAAGGAUCUCAAGGAAUUCCAACGUAUCAAGGAGCUCAAGGAGCUCAAGGGACUCAAAUUGAUAUCGAUAACACGCUUGGAAAUCGAAUAGGUGGUGGAGACGGUGGCUUUACAGCUUCACCGUCCCUGAGCACGACGAUAAAUCCAGCUGAUUUACCAGUUGAUGCUCAUGGUGACAUUGAUUUGAUAAAUAGGAUCAAGACCUGGCCGAGAGACAAGCAACCCUUUUGGUACAUUAAUUGGCAGGCGAUUCAAGCCCAUCGUGGUGACGUGAACAAUACCGCCCAACCAGCCCAGACGCAACCGAAUUCAAGAUCGUUUUUCGCGGGUUAAGAUAUCGAAUGAAUUUGUAAAUCGAACAAUCAACAAGACUGUAAAUUUAAGCAUUUGCUUCUAACAAUAGGAUAAGGACUCAUUCGUAGAUAUUUAUAUAUACCGUUGACGACAGCGGUUAUUCCUAGUCAAACCCGUCUCUUUGGUAAAAUAUACUGAUUUCACAUCUCGAAGAGUCGUCAAUCAGGAUUGUUACAUCUCGAUCCGGUUUCUCGAAGAUAGAGGAAUCGAAGGCGGUCGAAACAAAUGUCAUGUGACUGUGCGAAUGUGCAUGACUUGCUUUUGUAAUAGAAUUAAGGAUCAAAUUUUUAUACGAAAAGACAGAAAUGACGAUAUUAUAUAAAAAUA